GGUGGGGAGGCAGCACACGACUUGAACACGAUCAAUGGCUGCGUCCCCCAAGACCGAGAUCGCCACCUUUGGCAUGGGCUGAUUCUGGAACCCACAGCCGCUGUUCGACGCCACGCGCGGCGUUGUGAGCACGGUUGUGGGUUACACCGGCGGCACAACAAAGUCACCGACGUAUCGCUCCAUGGGUGACCACACCGAGGCCAUCCAGAUCACCUUUGAUCCCAACGUCGUCUCCUACGACACCCUUGUCGACAUCUUCUUCGACUCGCACGCCUGCUCUCGUCCGGUCGGUAAGAAGCGCCAGUACAUCUCCGCCAUCUGGUACGCGUCUGAGGAGCAGAAGGCCGUCGCCGAAGCCAAGAAGGCCGCCAUGGGCCCUCAGUGCACGACAGAAGUCGCUCCCGCCGGUCCUUGGUACGAUGCCGAGGAGUACCACCAAAAGUACAUCCAGAAGGCCAAGUCCAAGUCCAGGGGCUCCGGCGGCGCUUGCGCCAUGUGGUAAGGCACCGCAUUCGCCCGCGCUCUCCAUGCUGCAACGUAUCAUGACGCCGUCGGCGGGAAACGGCGCGCCUGCAAGCGCACCGUCUGCCGAUGGCCGAAUCCACCCUC